AUGUCUCUUUUAAAUUGUGCUGAUGUUAAUGCUAAAGACCAGGAGUGGCUGACUCCUCUGCAUCGAGCAGCUGCCUCACAGAAUGAAGGGUCUGUUGUGCUGCUGUUGAGAAAGGGUGCCGAGGUGAACGCGCAGGACAGGUUCUGUCAGACGGCACUGCAUGUAGCUGCAGCCAACAGAGCGAUGAAGUGUGUCGAUACUCUGAUUCCUUACGUGAGCAGUCUGAAUGCAGCAGAUCGCUUCGGGAGAACCGCUUUACAUCACGCAGUCCACAGUGGACAUGCAGAGACAGUGACCCUGCUCCUAAAUAAAGGGGCCACCGUGAGUGCCAGAGACAUAAAGGACAGGCAGCCUAUCCAUUUGGCUGCUCAUCUAGGGCAUCUGGAGGUCGUCAGGCUCUUAGUGGCGUGCAGUGCUGAUGUGUCCUGCAGGGACAAGCAGGGGUUUACUCCUCUACAUGCGGCUGCUCUUGGUGGACACACUGAAGUGGUCAAGUACCUGCUGAAACAUGGAGCAGAGAUUGAUGAAGCAGAUGGCUCUGGUAACAGUGCUCUCCACAUGGUUUGUUACGCUGGGCAAAGGGCUGUAGCUAGUGAGCUGGUUAACUGUGGUGCCAGUGUUAACCGGUCAAACGUGCGUGGAUGCACGCCGCUGCACCUGUCUGCUGCCUCCGCUGAUGGAGCCCUGUGUCUGGAGCUGCUGGUCAAUAACGGGGCAAAUGUUCACAUUCCGAAUAAAGCCGGGAAGAGUCCUUUGCAUGUGGUUGCCAUUCACGGACACUUCACCCGUUCCCAGAUACUCCUUCAAAAUGGUGCAGAGGUGGAGUGUGUUGAUAUAUAUGGUAAUACUCCUCUUCACUCUGCUGCUAAACAUGGUCAUGAGUUGCUCAUCACUACACUCUUGAAUAACGGUGCGGAUGUGGCCAGGCGAGGCAUUAAUGGCAUGACUCCAUUGCACUUGGCGGUGUUUUACGGAUUUUCAGACUGUUGUCAAAAGUUACUCUCCUCAGGGUUUGAUAUAAACACCGUGGACAGCCUGGGAAGGACAUGUUUGCAUGUAGCUGCUUCAGGCGGAAAUGUUGAAUGUCUUAAAUUGCUGUUAAACAGUGGUGCUGCUUUGAAUAAAAAGGACAAUUUUGGAAGGUCUCCUUUGCACUACACAUCCGUGAACGGCUCAUAUCUGUGUACAGUGGCUCUGGUGAAAGCUGGAGCUGAUGUUAAUGAACUGGAUGUGAAUGGAUGCAGUCCACUGCACUACGCAGCUGCUGCCCAAACCUCACACAGAGUUGAACAGAACUGUCCUGACAGUGAGACUGAUGAAGAAGCUCAGUGGUGUUUGGAGUUUCUUUUGCGUAGUAGUGCUGAUCCAACACUGCGUGACAGUAAAGGCUUCAGUCCAGUCCACUACGCAGCUGCCUGUGGUGACAGACACAACCUAAAAUUGCUCAUAGAAAUGUCUUUCAAAUGUGUGGAAGAUGUGGAGAGUUGUGUUCCUGUGAGCCCUUUUCACUUAGCGGCGUAUAAUGGUCACAGUGAAGCUCUUCAGGUGUUGUCCGAAACACUGGUUAAUGUAGACAUACAGGAUCCCAGGGGUCAUACAGCUCUGUAUAUGGCUGCUCUGAGAGGUCACAGCCCCUGUGUGGAGCUGCUGCUGCUUCAAGGGGCCUCGUAUGCCAUCAGGGAGCACAUCCACAGAUGGACACCACUACAUGCUUCAGCUGCCAGUGGUCAAACUGACUGCCUGCUCAUGAUGUUGCAAAGAGAUGGAAAAAAUGACAUAUUUGACCUCAUGGACAUACAUGGACAGACUCCAUUGAUGUUGGCUACACUGGGCAGUCACAUUGACUGUGUCCACAUGCUGCUUGAGAGAGGAAGUAAUCCAGACACUGGAGACAGAAGAAGCCGCGCUGCGUUACAUCACGCAGCAGUAGUUGGUAGUGAAGAGUGUGUCUCGGCUUUGCUGGUGCAUGGAGCCUUCUCUCUGUGCAGGGACGUUUAUGGCAGAAGCCCUUUGCACUUGGCUGCCUCUUGUGGUCACUCAUGGCUGUUGCGUCCUUUACUUGAUGCAGCAUCACUCUCAGACCCCCUUGACUCUCUGCUAGACUACAGUGCCUACACACCUACUCACUGGGCUGCUUACCAUGGGCACAAUGACUGUCUAGAAGCUUUACUUGAAUAUAGGCCAUCAAGCUUUCAGGAAGGAAACCCCUUCACACCACUGCACUGUGCACUAAUUGCUGGUCAUGAUGGUGCUGCUCGACUGCUUGUUGAAACUAUGGGAACAAAAAUCGUGAACCUCAUAGAUGGCAAAGGAAGGACUCCCUUACAUGCAUCUGCGUAUGCGGGAAAUGUCGCAGCCCUGAAGUUGGCAUUGAGCUGCGGCUCAGAUGUAAACUCAGUCGAUUAUACAGGGCACUCUGCAUUAAUGGUUGCUGCUGAGAAUGGGCAUACUUCUGCUGUGGAUAUCUUGCUUCAUCAGGCCGGCGCAGACCUCUCGCUGCUGGACAUCAACAGGAACUCAGCACUUCAUAUCGCCUGUAGAAGAAGUCAUGAAAUGUGUGCUCUUCUCAUUCUGGCGGAGAUUGACGACCCAACUCUCAUCAAUACCACAAACACUGCACUUCAAACACCUCUACAUAUUGCUGCAAGAAAUGGUCUUGCCACUGUGGUUGAGGUGCUGCUUACUCGAGGUGCAACGGUUCUGGCCAUUGAUCAAGAUGGACAUAUUCCAGCUUUGGCAUGCGCACCGAACAAAGAUGUGGCAGACUGCUUGGCUCUUAUAAUUUCCACAAUGAUGCCUUUUUCUGCUGGCACCAGCUGCGGCAUCAGUCUGAUGAAGCACUGUGGCAUUGCUGCAUCCCAUCAGCCCGUGUCCAAAACCGUGCCUAUACAACUGAUUACAGAGGAACCAUAGAGCUGAGUGGACACCAAACAAUAUACUGAAUACUCUUUUGACUUUGAACUCCUGUUAUCUAUUCAGAAGGUAUUAGAAUGUAAUUUUUAUUGUACAAUAUUACACAAUGCUACUGUUUUAGCAUCAUGCAGUAUAUACUGUGACAUAUUCAUUUGUAAUACAGUACAUCUUUAACUGCACCAUUCCAUUAUGUGCCGAAUUCCUCCUUUAUAUGUCGCCUUAGAAAGUAACUACAAUAUCUGCUACUGUUUUAGCAUCAUAUAGUAUAAAUGGAUGGAGAGAAAUGUAUUAAUUUGUGUUUGCAUGUGUGGGUACUCUAAAUAUGAAUUUAUCAUUUCACUUUUAUCUCAGCUUAUUACUGAUACAUUUACCAGCUUUCUUUGGACACUUUUUCUGUAUUUUUGAA